AUGAUGGAAGCUCUCUGCAGGUUGCCAGAAAGUCGCCCCAAGCUUACUGGCGGUGACUGUUUCAUCAUCCCUCCCUGCUCCUCCUUCUCUUUCCCCCACCCCUCGUUCUCCCUCCCUGCCCCUCAUUCUCGGUGUUUGCGCCUCAUCAUCCCUCCCUGCUCCUCCUUCUCUUUCCCCCACCCCUCGUUCUCCCUCCCUGCCCCUCAUUCUCGGUGUUUGCGCCUCAUCAUCCCUCCCUGCUCCUCAUUCUCUUUCCCCCACCCCUCGUUCUCCCUCCCUGCCCCUCAUUCUCCGUGUUUGCGCCUCAUCAUCCCUCCCUGCUCCUCAUUCUCUUUCCCCCACCCCUCGUUCUCCCUCCUUGCCCCUUAUUCUCGGUGUUUGCGCCUCAUCAUCCCUCCCUGCUCCUCAUUCUCUUUCCCCCACCCCUCACUCUCCCUCUCUGCCCCUCAUCCCCCCUUCUGUGCCCUUGACACCCAGGCCAUGAAGUCUCUCUUAAAAGAUUGCCGCAAUGCUCAAGGACUCGUUACAAGAGCCCAUCGGAAGCUUGUGAAUGGCGUGCGUGUGUACGAUGCACCCGAGACGGCAGAUUUCUGGAACAACGUCCAGGACAAGCUCGGACCGGAUGAUGUUGUUGCGACCAUCAUACUCGCCUCUGAUGAAACGAUGAUGGAUUCGAGAGGGAAGUCCAAGGGGCAUCCCAUAUACAUGUCGUUGGCCAACAUCGCACGCGAGGACCGACGGAAACCCCACGGUCAUGCGAUGAUUGCGCUGCUGCCGGAAUUUCCUCCGGAGUACACCUCGCUUGACCGGCUGCAAGUGUUCCAUAAGGUUCUUAUCAAGGCGCCCCUCAAAGUUGCAAGUCAUGUGUAA